AUGAGUUUCGCAAACAUGUUCAAUAAGCUCUCGGGGCAGCCCGAGAGUUACGAGAAGAAAUCCUUGUAUCGAUUCGGGAGGACUCUGGGUGCUGGAACAUAUGGUAUUGUCCGCGAGGCAGACUGCUCGUCGGGCAAAGUUGCAGUCAAGAUUAUCCUGAAGCGCAAUGUUCGGGGCAACGAGCGCAUGGUCUAUGAUGAACUGGACCUGCUGCAAAAGCUGAACCACCCUCACAUUGUUCAUUUCGUUGAUUGGUUCGAGUCCAAGGACAAAUUCUACAUUGUCACUCAAUUAGCUACUGGCGGCGAAUUGUUCGAUAGGAUCUGCGAGUACGGCAAGUUCACAGAAAAGGAUGCGUCGCAAACCAUCCGCCAAGUUCUCGAGGCUGUCAACUACCUGCAUCAACGGAACAUCGUCCACCGAGACCUGAAACCAGAGAACCUCCUCUAUCUUACCCCCGACCUAAACUCACAACUAGUACUUGCGGAUUUUGGAAUUGCAAAGAUGCUGGAUAACCCUGCUGAAGUGCUGACUAGCAUGGCUGGGUCCUUCGGUUAUGCCGCGCCCGAAGUUAUGCUCAAGCAAGGCCACGGCAAGGCCGUCGACGUCUGGUCUCUCGGUGUCAUCACGUACACCCUCCUUUGUGGUUACUCUCCCUUCCGGUCCGAGAACAUGACCGAUCUUAUUGAAGAGUGCCGCUCUGGCCGAGUAAUCUUCCACGAGCGCUACUGGAAGGAUGUCUCGGAUGAUGCCAAGGACUUUAUCGUCAGCCUGCUCCAGGUGAACCCAUCGCAACGACCCUCGUCCGAGGAAGCCCUGAAGCACUCAUGGUUGAAGGGAGAAUCUGCCAGCGACCGCGACUUGCUUCCCGAAAUCCGUGCUUACAUUGCCCGUUCUCGCCUGAAGAGGGGUAUCGAGAUCAUCAAACUCGCAAACCGCAUCGAAGCGCUCAAGGUGCAAGAGGAAGACGAAGAUAUCCCCAGCCCCGUCGACGUACAAUCUUCUUCAGGUGGAUCACCUUUCCCAGGUAUCCCAGCAGAAAACAAAAGCGAACCUUCAGGCGGCGACGACGAAUCAGGUGGCACUAAGAAGCGCAGCCUAGGCAAUAUUGCACGUGGUGCUAUUUUCCGCGAAGUCGUUCUCGCCAAAGUCCGGGAGAUGAAGGAGAACGAAGAGCGAGAGAAGGUCGAGCGCGAGGCUCGUGAGCGGGCUCAUUCAUAA